CCAUCCUCUUCAACCUAUUUGUACGCGCACCACCCGUUCGCCGCCGGCGCAACCCGCGCCUCGCCGCGAACCCUCGCCUUGCUCUGGUAGUUAGCAUCACCACCAAUCCGGCUUCGUAUCAGAGAUUGAUCCCCACCGCCUCGGGAGGGAAGCGUUUUCCGGCGGUUCGAUCGGCGGAUGGCGGCGGCGGCGACGGCGACUCCCGUGAGGGGGUACUGCCCCGCGCCGGCGUCGACGUCGUCGGUGGCGCUGUAUACGCCGGCAGGGCGGUUGCGGAUGCCGUGUUCGUUCGGGAGCGCGCCGCGGCGGGUUUCGGUGCGGCUCCGCGCGGCGGCGGUGGCGGACGCGCCACGAGGGCUGCAGCUCAGGCGGGAGGAGGAGCGUGGGUUGGGGCUCUUCGGAGGCGUGUUUGGUAGGGAGGACGGGGAGGAGGAGGUGGAGAAGGUUGGGGAGGAGAGGGUGGAGGGGUGGAUGCGGGAGUCAAUCGCGGAGAUCGUGCGGCACAUCGGGGAGGCGCCGUUCCUGGUGCACCUGUUCAACGACGACGACGGCAGCGGCCGGGAAGGCGGGCGGCGCGUGACGGUGCGGCGGGAGUCUGCGUCGUCGGAGAGCUGGCUCGACGUGCGGCGGCGGUGGGGCGCGGGCGCGCAGCGGCGGCCGGACGGGAUCAUACUGGUGGAGCAGCUGGCCGCGGCGGUCGAGGACGGCGCGUCCGCCGGCGCGGGCGCCGCCGAGGCGGCGCGGCAGGUGUGGGGCCUGGUGGUGCAGGCCCGCGGGAUGGAGCGCGCGUCGUGCUACGUGCUCGACACCUGCCGCGUCCGCUCGUCGGCGGGGCUCUGCACCCACUUCUGCCUCGCCAGGGCGCAGUGCUUCGGCGACCCCCUCGAGCUCCAGCUCCGCAACGCCUGGCUCAACCGCCUCUCCGGCCGCCGGUAGCGCCCUCCUCCGGCGCCGCGGCGUACUAAUCUACUGAAGCUACUGGCCUACCACCAUGACAUCGAUGCGUAACCGAACCCUCCGAUUCUUGCUUGCUGGGAAGAAGAAACAAAAAAAAAAGCGCGCAGAGAUUGCAACGGAAGAACAUAUUCAGAUUCUUUCUUUGUUUUCUUUCGUUCAGGUUUCUCCCAAAUGCGGAUUUGUACAGAUUAUUGGUUGCAAAUUUGCAAUUGCUCGCUCGAUUAUUCAUUCCAACGAGGAGCGAUUCAUGCAGGAUUUGCCGUAAGCACCAAGCACUGCCCAAUGUACUAGUACGACAAAACAAUUUUAUCAGAAUUUUUUUAGUAUACUUUCUUGAUCUGUUCCAA